GAGCUUUUCUCUGGUCCCUUUCCAAUAUAAGGGUCUCCACCGUCAUCCCCACUCCAUACUGCCUUCCCCCAGAGCUAUCGUGAAGCUCAAAAUCGAUCCAGGCGGAGCGAUGAGCUCAAGCGAGUUGUAAAAUACGAUAUACGGCAUUCGUUGACGUGCCACAACUCGUCAAAAUGGCGGGGGGCGGCACUGGUCAGAAGCUCACCUAUGCGACCACGAUAGUGGCUGGCGUUGCUGCCUUGAUGGCAACGCUUCUAUCUAUGGUGUCUAUAUUUCUACAGACAAAAAACUACCGAAAGCCACUCCUCCAGCGUUAUGUCGUUAGAAUAUUGCUUAUGGUUCCCAUAUACUCGGUUACAUCUUGGACCAGCAUGGUUUCAUUGACGACGGCCCAGUUCCUCGCCCCAAUCCGUGACAUCUACGAGGCCUUCACCAUCUAUACAUUUUUCCAACUCCUCAUCAACUACCUCGGCGGCGAACGAUCUCUCAUUAUCAUGACACACGGACGCGAACCGGUCAGCCACCUUUGGCCCAUGAAUCAUGUAUUUCCACGAGUUGAUAUAUCCGAUCCGCCCACAUUUCUAGCCGUCAAGCGUGGCAUACUCCAGUAUGCCUGGCUAAAGCCUAUCCUCGGUCUUGCCGCCUUCAUCAUGAAAGCGACAGGCACUUACCAGGAAGGCUACAUCGGGCUGAGCUCGGGCUACUUCUGGAGUGGUCUGAUCUACAACGUCAGCGUUACCAUGAGCUUGUAUUCGCUCGGGUUAUUCUGGGUUUGCAUGCAUGAUGACCUCCUCCCGUUUCGACCUGUGCCCAAGUUUCUUUGCAUCAAACUCAUCCUUUUCGCUUCGUAUUGGCAAGGUUUCCUCCUAUCAAUCUUAGUAUGGCUGGGAGCAAUCCCGGAUAACGUCCAGGGAUACACGCCGGACAAUCUUGCGGCUGCAAUCCAGGAUGCGCUGAUUUGCGUCGAGAUGCCCGUUUUCGCCGUCGCCCAUUGGUACGCCUUCUCUUGGCACGACUUCGCCAACCAAAACGUACAAGCCGCCAGAAUGCCUGUCAAGUUCGCAUUCCGCGAUGCUUUCGGCAUUCGGGAUCUUAUCGAGGAUACAAAGGAGACUUUCAAGGGUGACAAGUAUAAGUACCGCGUCUUCGACUCGGGCGACAAGGUCAUGCCGCAUGAAGAAUCCCGUGCCCGGCUAGGGCGAUUGAAAGAGGGGAUGAGAUACAAGAGAGGUGGGAAGGCGAAGUAUUGGAUCCCAACCCCUGGUCAGGUUGACCGUCAGCUCAACCGUGACUUGAACGAACGCGAUCCUCUCCUUGCAGGUUCUGGCGGUGAGCCUAGCGGGCAGUACAAUUUCGCCAACGGCACAAUGUCCGAUCCCAACAGCGGGCUAGGUCUAGACCCGGAAGAUGAUGCUCUGUACGAUAAGGCUCGAGAGUUGGAAUACGGUGAUUGGAAUUAUCCCGUCAUUACCGCGCAUGAACCUCUAAGAGAGCGCUUUAUGUCCAACUCGAGCGGGAGCUACAGAUAUCAGUCGUUGCCGUCACCGUUGCCAUCAGACUCAGCAUCAGUAUCGCCAUCGAUAGCGUCACAAUCGUCGUCGCGGCCCCAGCAAACCCGCAAACCCAGCCAUGCUGAUCGACCUCAGGAGCCGGCCGUUGUUACCAGCAAACCGAAAAAAAAGCAAAAGCAGAAACAAAAACAGCACCAGCACCAGGCGGACACCAUAGAAACGCCCACACAACCAGAUCUAAGUCCAGGCCCCGCGGUUUCUGCAGCAUCUCCGCCUAAACCCAUCGCAACGCCUCCCGAAACGCAGGAUCACCAUGUUGCAGAGCGAUCGCAGCCAGGACCUUCACCGGAAGCAGAGCCGUUUCCGGACCAUGAGCCGUCUCCGUGGGCUACUCCUGGCAGUGAACAUGAGGGCUCCGAUCCGCGGUUUCGUAUAGGGGACGAUGAUGAGUUCCGCAACGUCUGGGACGGCGGGGACCGACCCUAGUGAUGGUGGCGUCUAACGUUUUCUUUGCGCGGCAAUGGUCCUGCUGUGAUUUGAUACCCCUGGAAUCUCGCAUCACACUGGCUAGGUAUCGUCAUAAAGCCGGACUAGCAUGGCGAGACGGCGUUUUGGUUCCACUCUUCAAGUUUCCGGCUGUCCAAUAUGAGGUCUAUUCAUCUAAUAUCAUGUUAUCAUCUGUCCCCUUUCCAAAUGAGCCUAUCUCAUUGACAUUUCAACGCCGCCUCAUCAGUCAUUUCAGGUUGCUUAAGUCAUCGCGGUGUACUUCUAGGAGUCCUGCAUCCUUCUCGAGAUCCCAUGAGGCGUAGCUGGUGCGUGUUAUGUAAGGGACACAACUGCCACA